AUGGGGAGUGGCGCCAUUUGUCAACGAUUGAGAUUUCGAGCUCUCUCCUCCUCGUGCUUCUAUGGGAGAUGCAACAAGAGUUUCUCUGUUGCGAUGGAGCUCCGGAAUUGCGAAGUUUCGAUAUGUGAUCACUUGCGGAACCGAAGACUCGACGAGGCUCGAGUGAUUUUCAAUGAGGUUCCAUCUCCUCAUGUGAGUCUUUACACAAAGAUGAUCUCUGGGUACACGAGGAGUAACAGAUUGGUUGAUGCGUUGAAUUUGUUCGACGAAAUGCCUGUGACUGUGAGAGAUGUCGUCUCGUGGAACUCGAUGAUCAGCGGAUGUGUUGAGUGUGGGGAUAUGGAUACCGCAGUGAAGCUGUUCGAUGAAAUGCCUGAGAGAAGCGUUGUUUCGUGGACGACGAUGGUGAAUGGGUGUUUUAAGUCCGGUAUGGUUGAUCGAGCUGAGAGGUUGUUUUAUCAAAUGCCUUUGAAAGAUAUUGCAGCUUGGAACGCAAUGGUUCAUGGGUAUUUGCAGUUUGGUAAAGUAGAAGAGGCCUUGAAGCUGUUUAAGGAGAUGCCUCGGAAGAAUGUGAUUUCGUGGACGACGAUGAUCUGUGGGUUAGACCAGAAUGAGAUGAGUGGAGAAGCUCUCGUUUUGUUUAAGGAUAUGUUGAGCUGUUGCAUUAAGUCGACUUCGAGAACGUUCGCUUGUGUUAUCACAGCGUGUGCAAAUGCUCCAGCGUUUCAUAUGGGUACACAAGUUCAUGGCUUCGUCAUCAAGUUGGGGUUUUUAUAUGAGGAAUAUGUAUCUGCUUCGCUCAUAACGUUUUAUGCAAACUGCAAAAGAACAGAGGAGUCUCGGAAGGUGUUUGAGGAGAAGGUUCAAGACCAAGUUGCUGUAUGGACUGCUCUAUUGUCAGCGUAUAGUCUGAACAAAAAGCACGAUGAUGCGCUAAGUGUUUUCUCUGAGAUGUUAAGAAACAAUAUCUCACCAAAUCAAUCGACAUUUGCUAGCGGAUUAAACUCUUGCUCUGCUUUGGGAUCAUUGGAUUGGGGUAAGGAGAUGCAUGGAGUUGCGGUGAAACUUGGUUUAGGAACUGAUGCCUUUGUAGGUAAUUCUCUCGUUGUCAUGUACAGUGACUGUGGAAAUGCAAACGAUGCUGUGUUGGCGUUCACAGAAAUCUUGAAGAAGAGCACUGUCUCGUGGAAUUCCAUUAUUGUUGGCUGCGCGCAGCACGGGCAUGCUAAAUGGGCUUUUGUGAUAUUCGGCCAAAUGAUUCGGUUAAACAAAGAGCCAGAUGAGAUAACUUUCACUGGCUUGCUCUCUGCUUGUAGCCAUUGUGGGUUUCUACAGAAAGGAAGAAAGCUGUUUGAUUACAUGUCAAGCGGACCAAAUCAUAUCGAUAGAAAGAUUCAACACUACACUUGUAUGGUAGAUAUCUUGGGAAGAAGCGGGAAACUGAAAGAGGCAGAGGAGCUUAUCGAGAGCAUGGUUGUGAUACCUAAUGAAAUGGUUUGGUUGGCUUUACUCAGUGCUUGUAGGAUGCAUUCUGAUGUAGACAGAGCCGAGAAAGCUGCUGCUGCUAUUUUUAAUCUGGACUCGAAAUCAAGUGCGGCUUAUGUCUUGCUGUCGAACAUAUAUGCUUCUGCUGGUAGAUGGUCGAAUGUAUCGAGAUUGAGAGUUAAGAUGAAGCAGAAGGGGAUAAUGAAGAAACCUGGGAGCAGUUGGGUUGUGUUUAGAGGGAAAAAGCACGAGUUUUUCUCUGGUGAUCGACCAGAUAGCUUGGUUAUAUAUGAGAAGUUGGAGUUUCUGAGAGACAAGUUGAAGGAACUUGGCUAUGUUCCUGAUUACAGAUCUGCUUUACACGAUGUUGAAGACGAACAGAAAGAAGAGAUGUUGUGGUAUCACAGUGAGAGGCUUGCUCUUGCGUUUGGGUUGGUUAAUACAGUUGAAGGAAGUAGUGUCACAGUUAUGAAGAAUUUACGGGUGUGUGCAGAUUGUCACUCAGUGUUCAAGCUGAUCUCAAGAGUUGUGGAACGUGGGAUUGUUUUAAGAGAUUCGACUCGGUUUCAUCAUUUUAGGAAUGGAAUGUGUUCUUGUGGGGAUUAUUGGCUAUCGGUGCAAUUCUCUAUGGCUUCUUCUUCUUCGUCUUCAUGCUCUUUUGGCAAUUGGUUAUAUGACUUUUUUCCAAGCUUCCCAGGAGAAGAUAUCCCGAGAAGCCUAUCUCUCGAUCCCGAGCUUAAACAUGCGAUUAGGAAUUCGAGAAUUGCUGUGGUCGUGUUUUCCAAAAACUACGCCUCUUCAAGCUGGUGUCUAAAUGAGCUGCUGGAGAUUGUGAAAUGCGAGAAAGAGUGUGGUCAAGUGGUGAUACCCAUUUUCUACCGUUUGGAUCCUUCCAACGGAGCUUUGACUGGUGUAGCUAAUAUCCUCGGAUAUCAUAUUGUCACCUGGGCAAACGAAGCAAGCAUGAUCGAAGAAAUCGCCAAUGAUGUUUUGGGUAAACUGAAUUUAUCUCCAUCAAAUGAUUUUGAGGAUUUUGUUGGUAUAGAAGAUCAUAUCACAAAGAUGAGUUCACUGUUGCACUUGGAAUCCAAGGAAGUGAGGAUGGUUGGGAUAUGGGGUCCCUCCGGAAUUGGCAAGACUACCAUUGCAAGAGCUCUCUUUAGUCGGCUCUCUUGUCAUUUCGAAAGUAGCGUUUUCAUAGACAGGGUUUUCAUAUUUAAGAGUAUGGAAGGUUAUAGUGGAGCUAAUCGAGUUGACUUUAACAUGAAGUUGCACUUGCAACAAACUUUUCUUGCUGAAAUUUUAGACAAGAAGGACAUAAAGAUAGAUCAUAUCGGUGCAAUAGAAAAGAUGCUAAAGUACAGAGAAGCUCUUAUUGUUAUUGAUGAUUUAGAUGAUCAGGAUGUGCUAGAUGCCUUAGCGGGUCAAACUCAAUGGUUUGGAAGUGGGAGUAGAAUCAUUGUGGUUACAAAGAAUAAGCACUUCUUAAGGGCCCAUGGGAUUGAUCACAUUUACGAGGUCUGUCUCCCAUCUAAAGACCUCGCUCUUGAGAUGUUUUCUCGAUCUGCUUUCAGGAAGAAGUCUCCACCUGAUGGUUUUAUGGAGCUGGCCUCUGAAGUUGUAUUGCGUGCCGGAAACCUUCCGUUGGGUCUUGACGUUUUGGGCUCUUAUUUACGGAGUAGGGACAAAGAAGACUGGAUGGAUAUGCUGCCGAGGCUUCGAUAUGGUUUGGAUGGAAAAAUUGAGAAGGCUCUAAGAGUCAGCUAUGAUGGAUUGAACAACAAAAGGAAUGAAGCGAUAUUUCGUCACAUUGCAUGUCUUUUCAAUGGCGAGGAAGUUAAUGACAUCAAGGUGCUACUAGCGGAUAGUAACUUGGAUGUUAAUAUUAGGCUUAAGAAUCUACUUGAUAGAUCCCUUAUCCAUGAAAGAUGGAAUACUGUGGAGAUGCACUCUUUGCUACAAGAAAUGGGUAAAGAGAUUGUCCGUACACAGUCCAAUGAACCUGGUGAACGGGAAUUCCUUGUGGAUUCGAAAGAUAUUUGUGCUGUGCUUGGAGGUAACUCUGGUACUAAAAGGGUUUUGGGUAUAGCGUUGGAUAUGGAUGAGACUGAUGAACUACAUGUUCAUGAGAGUGCCUUCAAAGGGAUGUGUACUCUUCGUUUCCUAGAAAUGUACCCAAAAAGGAUUCAGAGAAUAGCAAGCUCGAGAAGCUGUGCGAAGGGAGUUGUGUCGCUAACAUGUCUCAGUGAAAUGGAUUUGCGUGGAUCUAAAAACCUGAAAGAAUUCCCAAAUUUUUCAAAAGCCACCAAUCUCGAGAAACUUAUUCUUGCGUGUUGCUCGAGUUUGGUGGAGCUUCCUUCCUCUAUUCGGAAUAUCAAUAAACUGACGACACUAAACAUGGAAUCCUGCGAAAAUCUGGAGCUUCUUCCAACCGACAUUAACCUCAAAUCUCUUUACUGCCUCAAUCUCGAUCAAUGCUCACGGUUGAGGAGGUUUCCCGUAAUCUCAACCAACAUCUCAAAGCUAUUGCUAAACCGAACAGCUAUUGAAGAAAUCCCUUCUAGUUUGCGUCUUGAGAAUCUGGCUGACCUUAGCAUGCAAGACUUAAAGAGUCAGAAACUAUUGCAAGGGGUGCAGCCGCUAACACCUCUCAUGACCAUGCUGUCUCCCUCUUUGACGAAGUUGCGGCUCUCUGAUAUCCCAAGUUUGGUGGAGCUUCCUUCCUCUUUCCAGCAUCUCAAUAAUCUGAUGCAUUUGACAAUUACAAACUGCAUAAAUUUGGUGACUUUUCACACCGGAAUCAACCUCCAAUCUCUCGUACAGCUCCGGCUCCAACAAUGCUCACAGCUGAGGAGUUUUCCUGAUAUCUCAAUAAACAUCUCAGAGCUCCACCUCAGCUACACAGCGAUAGAAGAGUGGAUCGAGGACUUCUCCCAUCUCCAAUUCCUAUAUAUGGAUGGUUGCAGAAACUUAGAAUAUGUAAACCUAAACAUUUUUAAACUGAAACACCUAUCGAGUGUUAAUUUUUCAGAUUGUGGGGCAUUGACUGGAGUUGAUUUAAGUGACUAUCCAAGUGAGAGUGGCACAGACUCACCAGUCCGCAAGGAGGAGGCUUCCUCUUCUCAUCAUUUCCCAAAAGCCGCAUUCCAUUUCAUCAACUGCUUCAACUUGGAUCAAGAAGCUCUUCUCCACCAAGAAGAUGUUUUCGAACAAGUAUUUUUGUCAUGUGAAGAAGUGCCUUCAUAUUUCACUCACCGAACAACUGGAACCUCUCUCACCAAUAUACCUCUACUUCAAACCACUAUCUCCAAACCAUCAUUCAGAUUUCGGGCUUGUGUUCUGCUUGAUCCGUCUUUUGAAUCUUUCUGUGCCGCAUCCGUUAAGGUAUGUUGUCGGUUCAGAUGCAGACUCGGUAACCACUUGGAUUUAACUGAUCAUCAGACACAUGACUUCUCGAUAGCUCAUGACGAUAGUAGUACUGUGGGUAUAUUCGAGUGUCGUUUCCCUUUACACACAGAAAAUGCUACUCGACCGCAUCUCAACUACGAUCAAGUGGAUAUAGAGUUUCAAGUCAUAGACCGAUUUAAACAACUUCCGGUAGCGUUUAAUGGAUGCGGAAUAAUCCGAAUACGACUCGCUGGGGACUGUACGCCAUAUCCUAAUAAUCCAAAUGUUCUUCCACAUGUACAUGAAUAUGAUGAUGAAAAGAAUGGGGACAACCUUGGAGGACAUGAGACUGAAAGCAGCCAAGUGUUGGGAGACAGCACUGAUACUGAAAUUGGAAAUGAGACGACUGGUCACAGUGUAGAGUGCGGUGACGACGAUGUAGAAAAAGGGAGAAGCUGUAGGCGAAUAUUGGUGAAUAUGAUGAGAAGACUCAUGAAACUACUGACUUGCUCCAACUUCAAAAGGCAAGAUACAUAG